CCCCCCUCUCUCUCUCUCUCUCUCUCUCUCCCUGUAUAUACAUAUAUAUAUAUAUAUAUAUCUAUAAAGAGUCAAAAGGCUAUAAAAACCCAUCUCAAGUACUCACAGGGGCCGGCCUUGGAUUUCCACCAUAUAACCACUGCAACCCAAAGAAAAAGAGAAAGAAGACAAAGAAAAGAAAAGAAAAUUGCUAAUCAGAUGGGAAGGUCACCUUGCUGUGAGAAAGCUCACACAAACAAAGGAGCAUGGACCAAAGAAGAAGAUGAUCGGCUCAUCGCUUAUAUACGAGCUCACGGCGAAGGCUGCUGGCGGUCUCUUCCUAAGGCCGCCGGCCUCCUUCGCUGCGGCAAGAGUUGCCGCCUCCGCUGGAUCAAUUACCUGAGGCCUGACCUCAAACGAGGCAAUUUCACUGAAGAGGAAGAUGAGCUCAUCAUCAAACUUCAUAGCCUUCUUGGCAACAAAUGGUCUCUUAUAGCUGGAAGAUUACCAGGAAGAACAGAUAAUGAGAUAAAGAAUUAUUGGAACACCCACAUCAGAAGAAAGCUUAUGAACCGCGGCAUUGAUCCGGCGACUCACCGGCCGAUUAACGAGCCAGCGGCAGCCGACGUAACAACCAUAUCUUUUGCAACUGCAGCUACUAAAGAAGAAGAAGAGAAAGACAUUUCCGGGUUUAGUAUCAAAGAAGAGAAAAGCCCGGUCCGAGAAUGCUGUCCAGACCUCAAUCUUGAGCUCAGAAUUAGCCCUCCUUAUCAAAACCAGUCUGAUCAGCCAUUGAAGACAACUAGUUCUGUUCUUUGUUUUUCAUGCAGUUUGGGAAUACAAAACAGCGAAGAGUGCAGUUGUGGAGAUGGAACUAGUAGCAGCAACACUGGUUAUGAUUUCUUAGGGUUGAAAAGUGGUGUUUUGGAUUACAGAAGCUUGGAGAUGAAAUGAAGUUUGAUUUGAAUUGUUGUAGCAAAGAGAGAGAGAAAUGAGUAAGAGAUUGGUAUAUUAGGUUAAAAUCUCUCUAAUUUUCUCUUGCUUGUAUGAUUAAUUACUAGUAGUGCAUGGUAUUAAUAUAGUACAGAGAUGACCAUUUGGAUAUUCAUCCCAUAAUUUUGAUGAA